AUGACCACCACGACUCUGACCCCAGUGAACGCGCAGGGCGCACCAGCUGCAGCUGCCAGCUACUCGCACGCCAUGAAGGCGAACAACCUGGUAUUCGUCUCUGGACAGGUGCCCCUGACCGCAGACAACAAGAUGCUCGAAGGGUCCAUUGCCGAGAAGGCCGAGCAAGUAAUCACAAACAUCAAGACCAUCCUCGCCGCAAGUAACUCCGCGCUCGACAGGGUCGUCAAGUGCAACAUCUUCCUAGCGGACAUCAACAACUUUGCCGAGUUCAACACCGUCUACGCGAAACACUUCCACGACCACAAACCGGCCAGAUCGUGUGUUGCCGUCGCCGCGUUGCCCUUGAACGCGGACUUGGAGAUGGAGGUCAUCGCUGUCGAAAACGACAAUUGA